GGAGAGAGGGAGUGGGAGGAGGAGGAGGAGGAGAGGGAGCCCAACGACCAUUUAAAGCGAUAGCAAUCCCUGCCCUCUCCCCAGUGCUUGGCUGUUGGAGAGCGCAAGAGGCAAGCCAGGGAACGGGGAGCGCAAGCUGGUGCGCCGGCCAGCGGAGCCACAGUGCCAGGUGCCAAAGACUGGCUGACGCCCUGGGACACCCCCACCCUCUCCUGCUGCACCUCCUCGGUCUCCUCCACCCUCUGUGCCUACAGAAGUCCCUGGGCUUCCCCCAAAGGAGCUCACCUCCAGAAGCCCGGACCUGGGAGAGCCCACCAGCAUACCCUCCAGCGCCGCCGCCGCCGCUACCGCAGCAGCAUCCGGAGCGGCAUGGUCCAGCUGGGGAAGCUGCUCCGCGUCCUGACUUUGAUGAAGUUCCCCUGCUGCGUGCUGGAGGUGCUCCUGUGCGUGCUGGCGGCGGCGGCGCGCGGCCAGGAGAUGUACGCCCCGCACUCGAUCCGGAUCGAGGGGGACGUCACCCUUGGGGGGUUGUUCCCAGUGCACGCCAAGGGUCCCAGCGGAGUGCCCUGCGGCGACAUCAAGAGGGAGAAUGGGAUCCACAGGCUGGAAGCUAUGCUUUAUGCCCUGGACCAGAUCAACAGCGAUCCCAACCUGCUGCCCAAUGUAACGUUAGGCGCGCGGAUCCUGGACACUUGUUCCAGGGACACUUAUGCGCUCGAACAGUCGCUCACUUUCGUCCAGGCGCUUAUCCAGAAGGACACCUCCGACGUGCGUUGCACCAACGGAGAGCCCCCGGUUUUCGUCAAGCCAGAGAAAGUAGUUGGAGUGAUUGGGGCUUCGGGGAGCUCCGUCUCCAUCAUGGUAGCCAACAUCUUGAGGCUUUUUCAGAUCCCUCAGAUUAGUUAUGCAUCCACGGCUCCUGAACUCAGUGAUGACCGGCGCUAUGACUUCUUCUCUCGAGUGGUCCCGCCUGAUUCCUUCCAAGCCCAGGCGAUGGUUGACAUUGUAAAGGCUUUGGGCUGGAAUUACGUGUCUACUCUUGCAUCUGAAGGAAGCUAUGGAGAGAAAGGUGUGGAGUCCUUCACACAGAUUUCCAAAGAGGCAGGUGGGCUCUGCAUUGCCCAGUCCGUGAGAAUCCCCCAAGAGCGCAAAGACAGGACCAUUGACUUUGAUAGAAUUAUCAAACAGCUCUUGGACACUCCCAACUCCAGGGCCGUCGUGAUUUUUGCCAACGAUGAGGAUAUAAAGCAGAUCCUUGCCGCCGCCAAAAGAGCUGACCAAGUAGGCCAUUUUCUCUGGGUCGGGUCAGACAGCUGGGGUUCCAAAAUCAACCCACUGCAUCAGCACGAAGAUAUUGCGGAAGGAGCCAUAACAAUCCAGCCUAAAAGGGCAACCGUGGAAGGAUUUGAUGCUUACUUCACAUCCCGGACACUUGAAAACAACAGGAGAAAUGUAUGGUUUGCCGAAUACUGGGAAGAAAACUUCAACUGCAAGUUGACAAUUAGUGGGUCCAAAAAAGAAGACACAGAUCGCAAAUGCACAGGACAGGAGCGAAUUGGAAAAGACUCCAAUUAUGAGCAGGAAGGUAAAGUACAGUUUGUGAUUGAUGCUGUCUAUGCCAUGGCCCAUGCUCUUCAUCACAUGAACAAGGAUCUGUGUGCUGACUACCGCGGAGUGUGCCCAGAGAUGGAGCAAGCAGGCGGCAAGAAGUUGUUGAAGUAUAUCCGCCAUGUUAACUUCAAUGGUAGUGCUGGAACCCCAGUAAUGUUUAACAAAAAUGGCGAUGCUCCAGGGCGUUAUGACAUCUUCCAAUACCAGACAACAAACACAACCAACCCUGGUUAUCGUCUCAUUGGGCAGUGGACAGAUGAACUUCAGCUCAAUAUAGAGGACAUGCAGUGGGGCAAAGGAGUCCGAGAGAUCCCAUCCUCUGUGUGUACAUUGCCAUGCAAGCCUGGGCAAAGGAAGAAGACACAGAAGGGAACGCCUUGCUGCUGGACCUGUGAGCCCUGUGAUGGAUACCAGUAUCAGUUUGAUGAGAUGACCUGUCAGCAUUGUCCCUACGACCAGAGGCCCAAUGAGAACCGAACUGGCUGUCAGAACAUCCCAAUCAUCAAACUGGAGUGGCACUCCCCCUGGGCUGUCAUUCCUGUCUUCCUGGCAAUGUUGGGGAUCAUUGCCACCAUCUUUGUCAUGGCAACUUUCAUCCGCUACAAUGACACACCCAUUGUCAGGGCAUCUGGGCGGGAACUCAGCUAUGUUUUAUUGACAGGCAUCUUUCUCUGCUAUAUCAUCACCUUCCUAAUGAUUGCCAAACCAGAUGUGGCAGUGUGUUCUUUCCGACGUGUCUUCUUGGGCUUGGGCAUGUGUAUUAGUUAUGCUGCCCUUUUAACAAAGACCAAUCGGAUUUAUCGCAUAUUCGAGCAGGGCAAGAAAUCGGUGACAGCUCCCAGACUCAUAAGCCCAACGUCACAACUGGCGAUCACUUCCAGUUUAAUAUCGGUGCAGCUUCUAGGUGUCUUCAUUUGGUUUGGGGUUGACCCCCCCAACAUUAUCAUAGACUACGAUGAGCAUAAGACCAUGAACCCAGAACAAGCAAGGGGUGUUCUCAAAUGUGACAUCACAGACCUUCAAAUCAUUUGUUCCCUGGGAUAUAGCAUUCUUCUCAUGGUCACAUGUACUGUGUAUGCCAUCAAGACUCGGGGCGUACCAGAGAAUUUUAAUGAAGCCAAGCCCAUUGGGUUCACUAUGUACACGACGUGUAUCGUAUGGCUUGCCUUCAUCCCAAUAUUUUUUGGCACAGCGCAGUCAGCAGAAAAGGCCCUGCUGCAAAAAAGAAGUAUGUCAGUUAUAAUAACCUGGUUAUCUAACCUGUUCCAUGCCAUGGAGCCACAGAGGAGGAAGACCUUCAGUUAUUCUGUCACCCAGCCUGGCAUUGGACUCUUUGUCCUGCCCGCUUCCUAUCUCUGGAGGAGCUUCUCCACCCGGGAGAGCAAUGUUAGAGGAUCCACACAUCCUGAACAGCUGCUUUAUGAGACACCUUUACUUUAUCUUGGCUUAAGAAGUCAUUGGCAUCAGCACUGCCAUCUUGGCUGUAAUUCUGGACUCCCUAAGCAAAGGGAGAGUUGAGACUCAAGUCCCACCCGGCUCUUUUGGAUGAAUCGUUGAGAGCCUCAGGACUGUUUUUUGGGACUGACUUGUCUUUCUACGUACGUACUUCCAGGCUGCAAGGUUUUGAAAUUUUCUGUACAGUUUGUGAGGACAUUUGCACUUUGCCACUCAAUGUUGUACCUCGGUUCACUGUUUGUUUUUGAAUGCCCUGUUUUCAUAGAAUCCUACCCUCUCAGAUGGUGGAAUCUUUGGGGAAAAUUUAAAAUAACUAAUUUUUAUUUUAAAAAAAUCUUGGCAGACAUAAGAGGACACAAGCCCCCAUGCACAUCUGUAAAUGACUAUAUGGUUAUGAUUAUAGUAUCAUGAAAAGUCAUGUUAUUUUUUUUAAGACACACACACAAAAAGAAACUUAAAGACCAAAAACUGUGCUAAGAAGAUAUGCCCCACCUAUCUUUGGUACACGGUAGGUGUUGUGAUGGGAAAGAAAAGCAUUGGUUAAAUGGAAUAGAGGUCUUGAUCUUUGGAAUGCAUGCCGGUAAUGUAUUUUACAGUACAUGUUAAUAAUUUAUGUUUAAUAUUUGUAUUUGUGUUCUCUUUUUUUAUUUUACUUAGGGUAUAUGGAUAUUUUGCAAUAAUUUUAAUGAUUCUUAAGCUAUUUGGAGGAAAGAAUAUGGAUUUCUCAUGUCUUGAGGUUUUGUUCAUGCCCCCCUAUGACUGACCAAUGUGAUAAGGACUUUACAAAAGAAGCAUGUAUGUUUUUUACUGUUUGUAAGAAGUACUUUCGUUAAUCUUGCUGCUUAUGUGUCAAUUUAGUGGAAAAAAAUCCCUUGCUGAAAAAAAAAUCCCUUUCCAUUCUCUUCCAGUUCUGUGGUAUUGUCCAAGAAUGUAUCAAUAAAAUACUUUGGUUAACUUUUUUA